GAUCACUAAGGCCAGUUCCCUUAACAGAGAGGCUUUUUUUUAUUCUACGCAAGUAAUAAGUACAGACUUGACAGUUACUGUGUAACCUCCUCUGAAAGUUAAGGGCAGAUUACGUUGCUGUUUUUCUUUUCAGUCUCAGAUGCCGCUUGUCUGGUCAUUCAUUUCCUAACAAGUUUAACGAUGGGUGACUUGAAAGUCCGAGACUAUGAUAGUAUCACAUCCUUUCUGGGACCGUGGGGAGCCUUUCAACGUAGAAUUUUCUUUGCCUUGGCCAUCAGCAUCUACCCCAAUGGCUUCACUGGCAUCUAUAUUGUAUUUGUCGCAGACACGCCGCUUCACCAGUGCCGCAUCCCCGAGAACGCCAACAUCAGCCAGGCGUGGAGGAACGUGACGAUCCCCAUGGAGUCGGUGGACGGAGCGGUGAGGCCCAGGUCUUGUUUCAGGCUGAACCUGGAGAUGGUCAAGAACUACUCUCUGAACAGCGUGGUCCCGAAUGUUGGGGUCAAUGUGGCUGACAUUCCUUUAGAGGCUUGCCUAGACGGGUGGAUAUACAGCAAAGACAUCUACCAGUCAACCAUUGCCACCGAGUGGGACCUGGUUUGUGAGGAUGCACACAAAAUUCCACUGUCCUCCUCCAUCCACUACGUGGGCGUACUGGUGGGGGCGUUUCUCUCGGGCCAGAUGUCGGACAGAUACGGAAGGAAGCCAGCGCUGUUCGCCAUGAUGGUCCUGCAGACGGUGGCCGUAACGGCACAGAUAUUCUCAAACAGUUGGGAGGUCUUCACGUUCACCUUUUUCCUGGCGGGUUCUGGCGGGUUCUCCAAUUACAUCAUAGCCUUUGUGCUGGGAACAGAAACUCUGAGCGCCAAAGCCCGUGUGGUCUUCUGCUCCCUGGGAGUUUUCAUGAGCUCAGCCAUAGGAUACAUGAUCAUGCCGCCCGUGGCCUACUUCCUGCGCUCCUGGCGGCUGCUGCUGAUCCCCAUGGCUGCCAGCGGACUCAUAUACAUACCCCUAUGGUGGUUCAUACCCGAGUCGCCUCGCUGGCUGCUCUCCCAGGGCCGAGUGGAGGAGGCUGAGGCCAUCCUGAAGGACGCUGCCAGGAUGAAUAAGGUUGCCACGCCGCAAGCCAUUUUCACAGAGGCCGAGAUUGAAGAGACAAUGACGAUGAAAGACAAGAAAUACAACAUUAGCUACAUCCUGCGCAGCUGUAACAUAUUCACCAUCACUCUGUUGUGUUCAUUUCUGUGGUUUGUCAUCACCAUCAGUUACUACGCUCUGAUCCUCAACACGUCCAACCUUCACGGCGACCCGUACCUCAACUGCUUCCUGUCGGCGGUGACGGAGGUGCCGGCGUACCUGAUCGCCCUGCUGCUGCUGCACUUUUGCUACCGCCGCCUGUGCCAGUCGUCCACGCUGCUGAUGGGAGGCGUCAUGAUCCUGUGCGUCCACCUCAUUCCUAUAGAUCUGCAGUGGGUGGCCGUGCUGCUGGAGAUGCUGGGCAAAUUCGGCGUGACGUCAGCCUUUUGCGUGGUGUACGCCGUCACAUCCGAGCUCUUCCCCACUGUCAUAAGAAACACGGCCAUGGGCUGCUGUUCCAUGGCGGCUCGCGUUGGGACAAUCACCUCGCCCUUCAUCAUCUACCUUGGACAAUAUUAUAAGGCCCUGCCGUACAUUGUAAUGGGAGCUUUGGCCAUUUCCGGCGCAUUCCUCUGCCUCCUGCUGCCAGAGACAUUCGGGAAGCCUUUGCCGGAGACCAUAACGCAAAUGCAGACUAUAUGCAGGCGAAGAGGUCAAGACAAAAAGAAAGUUGAGGACGGAGACGCACAGGACUAUCAGAGUAAAGAAUCCAAGUUGUAGUUUAUCAAAUGACAUCGCACUCCGGAUUCUUCAUUUGUAUUUUUGUGGAACACAACGAUGACCUCCGUUGAGAUCAGAACAUGACCCAGGAAGGUUUGCUUUGGACUGUUUUUACAUUAUUAGAAUUGGUUUUCUUUCCCCAUUUGUGAUCCACACAGCUGCGACAUGCCAGUGUUGCAAAACAGCCAUAACACCGUGACGUUUCAUCAGUGGCAGAAAGCAAAGAAUUUAAAAUACUUUGUUACUGUACUAAAGUAGAUUUUCCAGAUACCUGUACUUUACAUUAGUAUUGAUUUUUCUGCUGACUGUUUGCUUUUACUCCCUACAUUUGAAAACAGGUAUCUGUACGUUCUACUUCUUAUUUGAUUAAAAUAGGCUCGUUACUUUUUUUUAACCUCUGCCAAUGAUGACACAAUGUUAAAAAGUCGUAAAUAGAAAAGGGCCAAGUCAAGCGGUUGAGAUUUUGAUUGACGGAGGCGGACAAAACGUAAGCAAAACACAUUGUUUAGAGAGUUUGUCCAGUAAUUUAUUUUCUUCUCAGUAUGAGCACUAUGCAAGUUAAUAAAAUCAAAUCAAAAUGAGUAUUGUAUAUAACAACGUAUAAGACAGUAAAAAUUCAUUACUUAACUACA